AUGAUCGCCCAAAGUCACUUGGCUCCUUUAGAAGGACGUCAUCAUUAUCAACAUCCUCUUCACCACCCUGAAGUAGUCCAGCAGCCGCGCCGUUUUGCCUGCGAUCGCUGUCGUAUGCAGAAGUUGCGAUGCGAGAGGGACAUCUGGAGACCCUCUCUCAUGCCAUGCAAGCGCUGCCGCAAGGCACGUAUAGCAUGCACCAUCAGCUCAAUGGAUCGUCCUGUGGGUAAGAAGAAGUCGAAGGAUAGAGUUCUAACAAUCACGAGGCCCGAAAAGACAGCCACGAUGAGGCACCCACCCCACCGUACGCAAGGGGGACCAUCAUCGCCAGGCGUACCUGACCAGCUGCCGAUGGACAACACCGUCGGCUUCUACCAUGAAGGAGUUCCAGAUGGAAUGACAAUCGUGGGACUAGGCUUCCAGUCGGAAGAAUGCUAUCAAGUCAACAGCGGGUUUGAAGACUGUACGGUGCCUGUCUUUUCGGGCUUGAUAACGCCUCCUUCGAUGGAGAAUGAGCACGAGCACCAGGCACCAUCGCAGGCGACGUCAUUUUCAAUGGCCAGAAAGCAGGAUUGGACUCCUGAGAGUGAUUGCAGUAAAGUUUCGGAUGGAUUUGAGCUUGAUGACCUUGACGAAAAACUAAUGCGACUCAUUACAGCGUUCCCUUGCCUCGACGAUAGAGAGCAGUGGUGGGAUCAAGAGAAUCUGCGAAGAUUGCUUGAUAUGAAUAUGCAUCUACUAGAUUGCCAGAGCCUAAUAGCGCAAGAACUCACCAUGCUCGGAAAUAUGGAUGCGAUCAUCGCCUUGAACAACCUCGAUUCAGCAUCACGAACUGUGUUGCGUUAUUCACAACAAUUCCUUGAAGCUGUGAGAGUGUUCGUCGAUGGCGGUCUGGAAACAAUGGCGACAGUACUUUCCAGCUCAAUGGCGGUAAACCCUUUUAUCCCGCAGAUUCACACGCCUGUCAACUCACGGCGCCCCUCGUAUGUGCAACAAACACCGGGCUCAGCGAUSGAGCCGAUAUUGGUAUCAGGAGGAGAUACUACCAUGCCCCCUCAAAUCAGUCCCGUUGCUUCAUUUACAACUUCGUCUGGUCAAUCAUCUUGGCAGGGAACACCUUUCGAAGACGUCCAAGUUUCCCUGAUAUUAGCCACCAUCAACUGCUAUACCUGCUUGGUGGGCAGUUAUCAUAUCAUCCUUUCCUAUCUCCUACACGAAUUGAUGGCCACCGUAACUCCGGAACAACAGAGUCAGUCUUCACCGACUUUCACGGGCUUUGCUGCCGCAUUCGCUGCCACCGCUCAGAUUCAGCAACAUGAUCGGGACUCGCAACUUCGAUUGAUUUAUCGCAACUGUAUGGGUAUGCUGGCACAGCUCGAAAUAAGCCUCGGUCUGCCAGAACAGCACUGCGUUGCUUCAUGGGCAUUAUCUUUCCCAGGUGUUGGCCAACCUCAUCGUCACGAAGGGAUCCUUUCCAGCCCUGUAGCUGCGGUCCUUGUUGGAACCCUUGUAAACCAAAAAUUCGGAUUAUGCGUCAACGGUUUGUCGACAGGAAAGAACUCGAUGAAGGAAGUCAUCUCAACUAUCAACCAGUUCUUCGAUACUGUUCAUCCCAUCGCUCAGGCUGUAGGCACAAUCAAACCAUAG